UCAAGUCGCAUCUCAUUCAUUUUCGUUAAACCCUAUAAACUCCACUCUCCACACUCUCCACCUGCACGACGACGUCGUUUCUAUCCGUAUAACCAUGAACCCUUCCACCCUCACUCCUUCAUCUUCCCGUUCUCUUCUAUCACCCUCUCCCUUCCUCCAACCAACAACCUUAAACCACCAACGACGCCGUUUCAGGGUCUCCUUCCCUCGCUGUUCCGAUGACCGCACUUCCUCAUCCUCUUCUCCCCCUCCGCCGUCCAAACCGCAGAGGGACCUCAAGGGACUCGAAGUCCUCGUUGACAAGUUGUCGCCGCCUGUCAGGCUAGCCACCUCCGCCGUCAUCGUUGCCGGCGCUGUCGCCGCCGGGUAUGGCCUCGGGACGCGCUUUGGUGGCAGUCGAACUGCCGCGUUGGGCGGUGCUGUCGCUCUAGGCGCCGCCGGUGGUGCCGCAGCGUAUGCACUGAACGCCUCUGCUCCGCAGGUUGCGGCGGUGAAUUUGCAUAACUACGUUGCUGGAAUUGAUGACCCUUCGAAGUUGAAGAAGGAAGAUAUUGAAGGCAUUGCCAAUAGGUAUGGUGUGAGCAAGCAAGAUGAGGCUUUUAAGGCAGAGAUUUGUGAUAUAUACGCCGAGUUUGUGUCGUCUGUCCUUCCUCCUGGUGGUGAGGAACUUAAAGGUGAUGAGGUUGAUAGGAUAAUCAGUUUCAAGAAUUCCAUAGGGAUUGAUGACCCAGAUGCAGCAGCUAUGCAUAUGGAGAUUGGUAGGAAAAUCUUCAGGCAAAGGCUGGAAGUUGGGGACCGUGAUGCUGAUAUUGAACAACGCCGGGCGUUUCAAAAGUUGAUUUAUGUGUCGAAUCUUGUAUUUGGAGAUGCAUCAUCAUUCCUUCUGCCUUGGAAGCGUGUUUUCAAGGUCACUGAUUCCCAGGUUGAAGUAGCUGUCCGUGACAAUGCUCAGCGAUUGUAUGCUGCGAAGCUGAACUCAGUUGGCAGAGAUAUUAAUGCAGGACAACUUGUUGCACUUAGGGAAGCUCAAAUUUUAUAUCGCCUUUCUGAUGAGGUUGCGGGGAACUUGUUUAGAGAGCACACAAGGAAAUUGGUGGAGGAAAAUAUUACCACAGCGAUUGGUGUUCUUAAAUCUCGCACUAGAGGAGUUCCUGGGGUCAGCCAAGCAGUUGAGGAGCUUGAUAGGGUAUUGUCAUUCAAUAAUUUACUUACCUCAUUCCAGCACCAGAUAGAUGUGGCUCGGUUUGCCCGUGGUGUUGGUCCAGUUUCUUUAAUAGGUGGUGAGUAUGACGGUGAUAGAAAAAUAGAGGACUUGAAACUUCUUUACAGGGCAUAUGUUUCAGAUGCUUUAUCUGGUGGGCGCAUGGAAGAUAAUAAGAUUGCUGCGCUAAAUCAAUUGAGAAAUAUAUUUGGAUUGGGCAAACGCGAGGCAGAAGCCAUUUCACUUGAUGUUACAUCCAAGGUAUAUCGUAAACGACUUGCACAGUCUGUCACAGAUGGCGAGUUAGAGAUGGCAGAUAGCAAAGCAGCAUUCCUUCAAAAGCUAUGUGAUGAAUUGCAUUUUGAUCCAGAAAAGGCCGGUGAACUUCAUGAAGAAAUUUACCGGCAAAAGCUUCAGCAAUGUGUGGCUGAUGGGGAGCUCAGUGAGGAAGAUGUUAAAGCUUUGUUGAGGCUACGUGUGAUGCUGUGUGUACCUCAACAGACUGUUGAAGCAGCUCAUGCAGAUAUCUGUGGCAGUUUGUUUCAAAAGGUUGUCAGAGAAGCAAUUGCAUCCGGGGUUGAUGGAUAUGAUGCUGAAACCAAGAAAUCCGUACGAAAAGCAGCACAUGGCUUGCGACUUACCAGGGAGACUGCUAUGUCUAUUGCAAGCAAGGCAGUAAGGCAGAUAUUUAUUAACUACAUAAAACGUGCACGAUCAGCAGGAAGUCGUACAGAGUCUGCGAAGGAACUGAAGAAGAUGAUAGCUUUCAACACCUUGGUGGUGACUCAGUUGGUGGAGGACAUUAAAGGGGAGUCGGCUGAUGCCUCAACUGAAGAACCAGUGAAGGAGGACAUUGUUGUGACAACAGAAGAUGAAGAAUGGGAUUCAAUUCAAACACUCAAAAAAAUUAGACCAGACAAAGAACUCGUGGAAAAAUUGGGAAAGCCUGGCCAGACAGAAAUUACUCUUAAAGAUGACCUUCCAGAAAGGGACAGGACUGAUCUUUACAAGACGUACUUACUUUACUGUCUAACCGGUGAAGUGACAAGGGUUCCAUUUGGUGCUCAGAUCACUACAAAGAAGGAUGAUUCAGAAUAUAUUUUUCUAAAUCAGCUCGGUGGGAUCCUGGGAUUGAGUGGUAAAGAAAUAGUUGAAGUACAUAGGAGUCUAGCCGAGCAAGCAUUUAGGCAACAAGCUGAGGUAAUUUUAGCUGAUGGACAAUUAACGAAGGCCAGGGUGGAGCAGCUUAAUAACCUGCAGAAGCAAGUAGGUUUACCUCAAGAAUAUGCUCAGAAAAUAAUCAAGAGUAUAACCACCACAAAGAUGGCAGCGGCCAUUGAAACUGCUGUGACACAAGGAAGGCUCAAUAUUAAGCAGAUUAGAGAACUUAAGGAAGCCAAUGUUGAGUUAGACAGCAUGGUAUCCGAGAACUUGAGGGAGACCCUCUUCAAAAAAACUGUUGAGGAUAUUUUCUCAUCAGGCACCGGAGAGUUUGAUGAGGAUGAAGUAUAUGAAAAAAUCCCGAUGGAUCUCAACAUUAACAAAGAGAAAGCAAGAGGGGUUGUUCGUGAGCUCGCACAAGCUAGAUUAAAAAACUCGCUUGUCCAGGCCGUGUCGCUAUUAAGACAGAGAAAACAUCCAGGAGUGGUUUCUUCUCUCAAUGAUUUGCUGGCUUGUGACAAAGCAGUACCUGCACAACCGCAAUCAUGGGAAGUGCCAGAGGAACUUGCUGAUUUGUACACUAUAUACUUGAAGAGUGAUCCGGCUCCUGAGAAAUUGGCGCGAUUGCAGUAUCUGCUUGGCAUAAGUGAUUCUACAGCAGCUGCUCUUAAGGAUGUUGGAGAUGCUUUGCUCAAUAGUACUGCUGAGGAAGAGAACUUUGUAUUCUGAGUGUUGUAUUAAAAUGUUUGCCAUUAGGCAUACUGGUAGCUGCCACAAGUCUGCCAUUUUUUGUUCAGCAGUAGUGAAAGAGAAACGAUUAUGAUGUAAUUCUUCAGAAUAAAGAUGAUCGCAGUGUUAGGUGUUGAAAUUUCUGAUAAGCAUUAUAUUGUAAGUGUUAAAUUAA